UGGGCCCUCUGCGUGUUGGCACAGACUCAGUCAAUGGUUAGAGAAGGAAAGUGGAGAGGAAGAGAGAAAGAGAGGGACAGAGUUGGAGAGAAAGAGGGGGAAAAAAGAAGCUGCACUCGGGUUUGCCAGCGGUCGUGCACACUCUUCCAACAUUGAUUCGGUCCUCUUGUUUUUUUGUUUUUUUUCUUCUUCUUCUCCUCUGUCUGCACCCCCUUCUCCAGCUCUCUCUAUCCCUCUCCGUGAGUCUUAUGCAGAUCCUACAGAACUGAACCAAUAGCACACGCUGCUUUGCCAAGCUUUUUUUUUAAAUUUUGUUUUUCAUCAAGAUCUUUUUUUUUUCUACAUAUUUUUGCAAACAAACAAAGACGCUUGUUCAAGUUUUUGACAGUUUUAUCCUUUUGUUACGGCAAUAUCUGUUUUAUUUUGGUUUUGCACGGUCAGCGCUUUAAAAAAAAUCAUUUUAGAAAGAGAGAUUGCUGAACUUCUACACUCUCCUUCUGUUGUGCUCUUGAACAGCACCUCUCCUGCAGCUCCUGCUACAGUACCUCCUGUGUUCCUGUGCUGGUAUUACACUGCGCCCCCUUGGCCUGCCUCCUCUUUCUCAGCUUUUUCCCCCCUGCUGCUUUUGUUGGACAGUUUCUCAGCUUCUCUUUUUGCUUCAUUUUUUUCCCCUCCUCAGCCUUUUGUUUUCUAAAAUACGCUGCAUUACCCCAGCACCUUUUGACUCUACACUCCAGUUUUCUAAACUGGUGGUGCAUUUUAAGUUUCUUUGCAAUCGGCGGGUGAAUUUAUGAUGAGAGAGCAAAAUGGAUGAAUUCCACCCCUUCAUCGAGGCCCUGCUGCCCCACGUCCGCGCCUUCGCAUACACCUGGUUCAACCUGCAGGCCCGUAAGCGCAAGUACUUCAAGAAGCAUGAGAAGCGCAUGUCCAAGGAGGAAGAACGCGCAGUGAAGGAUGAGCUGCUGGGGGAGAAGCCAGAGAUCAAACAGAAGUGGGCCUCGCGCCUGCUGGCCAAGCUCCGUAAGGACAUCCGGCCUGAGUUCCGUGAGGACUUUGUGCUCACCAUCACGGGGAAAAAGCCCCCCUGCUGCGUGCUGUCCAACCCCGACCAGAAGGGCAAGAUCCGUCGCAUCGAUUGCCUCCGCCAAGCCGACAAGGUGUGGCGACUGGACCUGGUGAUGGUCAUCCUGUUCAAGGGCAGCCCCCUGGAGAGCACGGACGGGGAACGGCUGGUGAAGUCACCACAGUGCACCAACCCUGGCUUGUGCGUCCAGCCGCACCACAUCGGAGUGUCCGUCAAGGAGCUCGACCUCUACCUGGCCUACUUCGUCCACACGCCAGACUCCGGACAAUCAGACAGCUCUAGCCAACAGGGGGACACAGACAUUAAACCACCGCCCAAUGGGCACCUGAGUUUCCAGGACUGCUUCGUCACCUCAGGGGUGUGGAAUGUGGCUGAGCUGGUCAGAGUGUCACAGACUCCUGUAGCCACAGCGUCGGGUCCUAACUUCUCACUGGCUGACCUGGACAGCAGCCCCAGCUACUACAACAUCAACUCUGGGGCAGCUCUGGCACUGGGGCGCCGUUCCCUCACCUCCCCUCCCUCCACCAGGUACACACUGUCUGAUGUGGAGUUGUACGCAAAUCUUCCACGGAGCUCCAAGAGGAAGUCAUUAGAUGACAGUGAGCUGGAGAGCCCCACAGAUGAUGUUUUCUACCCUGGACGCUCACCUGCCGCCAGCUCAUCCCAGUCCAGCGCGUGGCCAAAUGACAUGGAUGCAGUGCAGCACCAUUUGGCGAGUGUGCAGGAGAGGAAGAUAAAACAUGAAAACGAUGGCGUGCAGUUUCCUUACCAUGGACUGUCCUCGCCUGGUUCACUUAAGAAGCCGGGGAAGUUUGAUUUCAACGCCCUGACUUCCCAGACGAGGUCCCCCCGCAUGGCGUUCACACACCACCCGCUGCCCGUGCUGGCAGGAGUGAGACCAGGGAGUCCCCGUGCCUCAGCCUCAGCUCUGCACUUCCCCUCCUCCUCAAUCAUUCAGCAGUCCAGCCCAUACUUCACCCACCCCACCAUACGCUACCAUCACCACCAGGACCCGCUUAAGGAGUUCGUGCAGUUUGUGUGCACCGACGGCACAGGACAGCCCAGCGCACAGCCUAAUGGAGGUGGCCAGAGCAAAAUGCCGGGCUCCUUCCUGCUGCCUCCGCCACCCCCGGUGGCACGCCCUGUGCCCCUCCCCAUGCCCGACUCUAAAACCAUCAGCACGCCCACUGACGGCGGACUCAGCUCACCCGCAUCUCCGUCAUACUCCACGCCAGGCUCAACAGCUCCCAACCGGUUUGUCGGCAUCGGAACACGGGACAACUUUCUGAAUAUCCCCCAGCAGACUCAGUCCUGGUUCCUCUGACAAGGCCUCUGAAUCAACAACUAAAAUUGUGUCAUGAAAAUUGGAAAUUUGAGAAACAAACACAUCACUGCUGAUUUAAGAACAGACUGCUGACACUAAAAAGGUCCUUCUCUCUCGCCAACACGAUUCAAAGUACUACUACAGAACCCCGAAAAAUAAAACCCCACGCUGUCCCCCAAAUCCAACACGAUUUGAACAGGAAUGUUCGUACCCCUACGUCCAGAAGACUUCAAUGACAUUGGGUGGGCAGCCUCAGAAUGCAAGGAGGAGUAAGAGGAGGAAGAUGAGGAACUGUCUCACACACCACGAAAUGUCAGAAAAGAAACACAAUAUGGUAACCUGACAUAUGACCAAUUAUACAUUUUUGUUACGUUUUUUUUAUUUUAUUUUUUUAUUUUGUUGUCUCCACAAUGAAACUCCAUGCAUUGGCUGGGAGAUCCAAACAAGAAAAAUUAGUGGUAAAUGAUGAAGUCAGAGCUGCAAGUUUGAAAAGAUUUCCACCCAGAUUGCACGGCUCCAUUUCUUCGUAUUUCUCCACCCCCGUCUCCUCCAGGGCCACACGGUCAACACCCAACUCACAUCCCCCUCCCACCUCACCUGGAGCUCAGUGCUGCUCAGGGUCCAGACCUAAACCACAGCCCCACGUGCCUGCGUGCGUCGCCACCACUCUGCCGCUUCAUUCGCUCAGCCCUGAGCCUCUUUCAUUUCUGAUUGGCCAAUCAUGGUGACACCAUCCAAUGGUGUGACAUAUAUGCACUAAGUGGCUGGUCUUUGUUUACCUGUCAAAUAUCAGGGGCGUCCUGCUGUGGGAGAAGUGAUAGCCAUGAGGCGAGUGCGAGCGAGUGAACACACGACAGACAGUCAUAACACUAACUCUACAUGUGCUCUUUCGUCCCCUCACCUAUGCACUAUUAGUUUUUAAUAAGGGAUGAACAGUAUUGCACAUCAAUGGUCAGAUGAGCGAUUAGAGAGGUGAAUGGAGGCUGGUCGCCGCUGCAGGAACGUGGCUUUGCUGACACUUGAGUCUCGGCCCUGAAACACACAGCACACACACACACACACACACACACACACACACACACACGCAAAGACGCUCUCUCACAGGUACACUUGCUUACAGUACAUACAGACCAAAUUCUACAGAAUAGUCUGUCUCACAACCACUCACAAUAUCAUCUUGUUUUUAUUCAUACAAGCAGAUUUGGAUUUGCAGGAAUGCACAGCAUUAACUUCAUAUUAUCAGCUUUAAUUUUGUGUUGUGGAUGUUUUCUUUCAAACUUUUUUUUUUUUGACAGAUUUGGUUUUGGUUUUGUCUCACUUGGAUUGUUUUUAACCUUCUCUGCAUGUCAAAAUUUAUUUUUCUUUAGUUUGCAGUAAGACAUUAAGUAUCAUGCUUGAAUUUACAGCUUCACAGAUUUCAACUAAACAGUUUCUCAAAUCUCUCACGUAUGGACAGCACUGUAGCAUCAGCUCAUCACAUGCAUCCCUUGCAUUGCUUUGCCCGGUUUCCCCCCUUGUCCAGUCACAGGUACACCCAGAGGAAAACACACACACACACACACACAUAAAAUGCACACUAACACCACCAACAACCUGACAUAAACUAAUAAAGGGAAGCCUUUAUAUUUGGUUCUCCAAACUGCCUUUGUUAAUGGUUUUUCAUUUACUUAAGAUUUGUCUUUUUAAUUUGAGAUAUUUUUUUCUAUGUAAAUGUUCACAUUGAAAUUUCUCUCGGUAUUAUUUUCAUCAUGACACAAUCUGACAAAAGCCGACCUCACAAAAUAACUGGACUGCCCAGCUGUUGGUUCUGUUUUGCAGGGAUAGUAAACAGGGCUGAGACCCCGUUCUCAGCCUCUCUAGUAACAUUAGCUCUAUGUACUAAAACCUUAUAUCAAGACUAUAACAUUAUAUGAAAGUGCCUCUGUAUUCCCUUCAUGCAAUUAGUAAUAAACUUGACUUCAGGUUCUCUUCCCACAUAUAAGCUAAAGCUACGGGGAAUGGUAGCGUUGGUGCAUGUGGAAACCAUUGGCCUAGAACAGAUCUUUAUAGAGGACUGCAAACUUUUUUUUGUAAAGACAGAGAGAGAUCUUAUACAUAUAUAUUUAUGAUAUAUGCUCCUUUUUAACUUUUACUACAUGAGCUUGUUGGCAGUCUAGUUAUUUUCUGAACUUUCACCUCCCCCACACAACUUGUUUUCAGUAACAUCACCUUACUGUUACCAGUACGAAUCGAACGACACACACGCCACCGCCAUCUGCAGCGCAGCAUCAUAAUACCUAGAUGAACAUGUCAAAAAUCGACAGUAGGUUUGAAGAAAAAAAAAGUGUUUGUUUUUUGAUGGAAAGUAUUAUUAUUGAAAAAUAUGUGUCGAUUGAGCCACGUGCAAUGCAUUGGGUAGAUCAUUGUGUUUGUCUGUUAGAGAUUUUUAAGAAAGCUAAGAGAAAAGUGAAAAAAAAAAAUAUUUGUUUCAAGUCCAUAAGCUCCGGGACUCUAAACUAGAGGGCCAUGAAAAAUCCUAGUCUUUGUAUGUUGGGGGUAUUUGUUUUUAUUUCCUUUUGUCUUUUUUUUUUUUUUAAUGUUUUAUGUGUAAUCAUUUGUUUAUAAAAAUGUGGGAGGGCUGAAGGAAAAAAAUUCUACACAACUUCAGAUAAAAAAAAAUCUCUAUCAUCAAAUGAAAACUGGUGCUUUAACACUAUAAAGUACAUUCAGAAUUAUUAUAAAUGAAUGGUAAUGAACAAAAAUAACAGACCAUUUAGGAAACAGCAUUAUUCCUCUCUCUAUUUGUAUUCUUCUAUUUGUAUCGAGUGGGGGGAGAGGUUCCUAUUCCUUAAGGUUGUGACACAAAAGGCAUUUUGGUUCAACCUUUAGAAGUAAAAAACCUAAACUGUCAAGCCCUUGAAACUCUUCAGAAAACGUACCCAUGCACUGCCUGAAACUCACCAGCAAAAACUAAAAGUAGUUGAAUUCAUUUUUUUUCACCCACAUUGGCAUUAAAAACAUGACAAGUUCCUCCCAGUGCUUGAGGGAGAUGCUUCACACCCACAAAUCUUUUUAUCCCCAUGAUCAUCAUGAUAUGUUCCUGAAUCCAGACCUGGAUAGAAGCUCCGCAGGUUGUGUUAGGACACACACGGUACAAAGACCUUUUGUCUCCUGUACACAUCAGCAGAAAAUCGGCAAACAAAAAAAACAGUAGCUUAAAAAUUGGGCAAAGAUAUGAGGUCUGAACCAUUUCUGAAACGGACAGCAAGGUGAGCCUCUCCCCUGUUCCACCCUCUCCUCUGUAAAUGACUCUUAUAGUGCUUGUGCUGUAGUGUAUAGUUUCCCAGCAGUUAAAGGUUGUCCCUUAAAAGUGCCUUUUGUUCACAGAAUCCAUUUUGUAAUCCAGAUCGCCCCUUUUUUUGUCCAAAUGGCUCGAGGUAGCAGGAUGCCCCUGAGUGCUGCAAGGAGGGAGAAGGUCGUUAUCCAUUCAGCGCUCACGGGCAACUUUUUCCUCCAGCUCAAAAAGAAUCCCCUCCAUUGUACCUCCCCUAUAUCCUUCUUCCUUUUCAAAAGCCUACAUAUAUGUAUGUGUAUAUAUAUAUAUAUUUAUGUAUAUAUAUAUAUAUAUACACAUGUAUAUAUAUAUACAUAUAGUACAAAAGGAAACUGGUGUGAAUUAGUUCUUUACUUUUUAUUGAUAAAUAAUGACAAAAAAAAUUGAAAAGGCAAAAAAACUUGUUCUCGUUCAGCUCUUGCUUUUUUCUUUCCCUCUGUCUCCACUGUCUGUUUUCUCUUAGACACUGGAGUCGUCUGUAACUAUGUGUCCGUCACCCUCCGUCUCUCUCUCUCUCUUUCUCUCUCCCCCCCUCCCUCCCUCCCUCCCGCCCUCUCCGCUGUUGAAGAGGGCGAAAAAAAUAUUUGCCGAAAAAAACUUUUGUCUGAGCAGAAUGCAGUUAGCUCACAUGUUAUUCUUGUCUGUAUGCUUCACAUUGUAUUACCAUACCCAUCUUCUUCAGCUUCUCCAUUCAACAGCUAAUGUAAGUGAACAAAUUACGCUGACGGGCUUUUGGGGGUGUCCCUGGGUGGGUUUGGAAGGGAUGACAAGGGUUCAGGGGUUGGGAUUGAAGAGGUUUACAGGGAAGACUAACGGGGUCUCGAGGGCUGGAUGAACUGCUUUGGGAUGUUGGAAAAGGGCUGCUUGGACUAGGAUAAGAGUUUGCUCUUUUGCUUUUAGAUAUUUAUUUUUGGCUUUGUUUUAUCCCCCUUAUUUGUUUCCUUUGAAUUUGGAUUUCUUUUCACAUUUGCUAUCAGGGUAUGCUGUCAUUGAGGCCCUCUUAGAGGACGCCUUGGACUGUAAAUGAAAGCUACAAGCACCUUAUGACCGGACUUGUCCUGCAUGAGGCUAAAAGAGGGGGUGUCGCAUUUCCAGGACAUAUCCCACAUCCAUUCAAACUUCAGUCACUUCAAGUGAAUCAUUAUCACUAACGGCGGGAUUCACACAGUGAAGACCUCGCAGCAGUAUUAGCCAUUUACAACACAUCAACCAGACCAGCUAAAAGGCCAGCAUGAACCUGAUCCCUCAGAUUUCUGAGGAUUCGGGGGAAAUCCCUCCAUUUUUUCCCCUCUGACCACCUCAUGCUGGACUGCUCCGUGUCUUUGUUCUGUUGUUUAUUUUGUUCUUUAUCUUCUUAAGCGUGUAAGGUUAAUCGGUGUAAUAGGCAGCACCCUAGGCCCCCUGACUCCCAGCUCUUCUAUGCCUCUGUCUACACCCUCAGCGCAGCACCACUUCUUUGUGAGAACACCCCCAGAGCUCUAGGUGAAAUGCAUGUGUUAAUUACAGUUUCUUUUCCAUAAGAAGAAAAACACAGUUUGAGAAGAGCAGCACCUGAUUGAAUAAAAAGGAUGUUCUUGACUGUA